AUGGUGCUCCAUAAGUUGAACAACAGAUACCGGUGCGGGGAGUGUGGUGUGGUGUUCUGUGGGUCGUGUGGUGAGCACCCGUACCACCUCGGGAUCUCCUGUGCAGCUCAUGCUGUGCGCCUCGCUGCCCCCAAGUGCCGCUUCUGUGGGGAGCGGGUGGAGUGGGGCGGGACUGGCCAGGACUGGGAUGAGCAGGCUGGAGAGGCUGAGGAGGUUGGAGAGGAUGAGAAGGGUGAUGGUGUUGGUGAUGCUGUUGGUGAUGGUGUUGGUGAUGCUGUUGGUGAUGGUGUUGGUGAUGCUGUUGGUGAUGGUGUUGGUGAUGCUGUUGGUGAUGGUGUUGGUGAUGCUGUUGGUGAUGGUGUUGGUGAUGCUGUUGGUGAUGGUGUUGGUGAUGGUGUUGGUGAUGCUGUUGGUGAUGGUGUUGGUGAUGCUGUUGGUGAUGCUGUUGGUGAUGCUGUUGGUGAUGGUGUUGGUGAUGCUGUUGGUGAUGGUGUUGGUGAUGCUGUUGGUGAUGGUGUUGGUGAUGCUGUUGGUGAUGGUGUUGGUGAUGCUGUUGGUGAUGGUGUUGGUGAUGCUGUUGGUGAUGGUGUUGGUGAUGGUGUUGGUGAUGGUGUUGGUGAUGGUGUUGGUGAUGCUGUUGGUGAUGGUGUUGGUGAUGCUGUUGGUGAUGGUGUUGGUGAUGGUGUUGGUGAUGGUGUUGGUGAUGCUGUUGGUGAUGGUGUUGGUGACGGGAGGAAGAAGGAUGGCGAAGAAUGGGAUGAGCAGGCUAGGCGGCUUGCAGAGCUGGUUGCAUACGAUGGUGGAAUGAUUGCAAGCAGCAGCAGUGGCGGCGGUGGAGGCAGCAGCAGUGGUGACGACCCGAGCAACUGGAAAUGGAAUGAGGGCGAGAUGCGGGAGCUUCUUGCAGCAGUAGGAGCAGACACGAGCUGGUGCGCAAGCAAAGCCGACCUGGCGGUGGUGGCAGCGGCGGCAGUGUGUGUGUGCGGGGAGGAGCAGUGCAGGGAGCGACUGAAGGACGCGUGCACGCGUGUUGGUCAGUGUGGGCACGCAUGUGGAGGGAUCAUCGAACGGCGGAAGGCGGCGGGGGGCGGGGACGAAUACGAGUACUACGUGCACUAUACCGAGUUCAACCGGCGAUUGGACGAGUGGAUCCCAGUGAGCAGUAUCGACCAAUCGUCUGUCAACACCGCAUGUGAAGAGAAGGCGGAGGAGAAGCAUGGCAGCGGGGUGAAGAUGACACGUCAUCAGAAGAGGAAGAUAGAUGAGCUGCACAUCGAGGAGGGCCAUGAGGAUUUCGAUGCAGCAAGCCUGAGGGAGCAUGAGGAGUUCACCAAGGUGAAGAACGUGGCAUCGAUAGAGUUGGGGCGGUACGAGAUGGACACGUGGUACUUCUCGCCCUUCCCCCCCGAGUACGCGCACUGCUCCAAGCUCUACUUCUGCGAGUUCUGCCUCGCCUUCCUCAAACGCCCCUCGCAGCUCGAGAGGCACAUGCGCAAGUGCGACCUCAAGCACCCACCGGGAGAUGAGAUCUACCGCAACGGCUCCCUCUCCAUGUUCGAGGUGGACGGCAAGCGCAACAAGGUGUACUGUCAGAACCUCUGCUACCUCGCGAAGCUGUUUCUGGACCACAAGACCCUCUACUACGAUGUGGACCUCUUCCUCUUCUACAUCCUCUGCGAAUGCGAUGAACGCGGCUGCCAUAUUGUCGGCUACUUCUCCAAGGAGAAGCAGUCAGAGGAGGGGUACAACCUCGCCUGCAUCCUCACGCUCCCGCCCUACCAGCGCAAGGGAUACGGCAAAUUCCUCAUCGCCUUCUCCUAUGAACUCUCAAAGAAGGAAGGCAAGGUAGGCACGCCCGAGCGCCCCCUGUCCGAUCUCGGCUUGCUGAGCUACCGCGGGUACUGGCUGCGCGUGCUUCUGCGCAUUCUCAAGCACCACCGCGGCAACCUCUCGAUCAAGGAGCUGAGCGACAUGACGGGCAUCAAGACGGAGGACGUGAUCUCCUCGCUGCAGUCGCUGCACCUCAUCCAGUACCGCCGCGGCCAGCACGUCAUAUGCGCGGAUCCGAAAGUAUUGGACCGGCACUUGAAGGCUGUGGGGAAGCCAGGGCUGGAAGUUGAUGUGUCGAAGCUCAUUUGGACGCCGUACAGGGAGCAGGGGGGUUGA